AUGCGGAAGGAGCGUAGGAAUCAGCGCUACCGGUCUCUUGUGUUUCGAGUAGCUAACAUGGCAGAGUGGCAGCCAACCAAUUUCGGCAACACGGUCAACACAAUCAAUUUUCCAGACCAAAUGAGAGGCCGCACGGUCGAGCGAUUCCCACCCGUCCUCGUGCAAGACAUAGAACGCUUCUCCAGAGAUCCGAGGGUUCCCUUCCUUACUCCUGAUGAGAUCGCGCAUGCACCAGUCCCCAGAUCCCGUGUCAACGCGUUCAAUAACCAGCCUUUGCCUUACCAGCAUCAUCAACCCGUGAACACCUGGGUUCCAGGGCUUCCAGGACCGGUCAAUACCGGCCGUCCCACCAUGAUCCCACCCAACACAAUGAUGGCCACUCCACCUGCUGUGUUUGCGCAGCCAGGACCUGUCAUGACCGGCCGUCCCGUCAUGAAUUCGGCUCACGCAAUGAUGAACAGUCCCCCUCCUGGUUAUGCGCAGCCAGAGCCUUUCCUGGGGGCCCAUCCUGCCAUGAAUGCACCUCAUGCAAUGAUGACCACUCCUCCCCCUGUUCUUGCGCAGCGGAUGAGGGAGCAACUUAACCAGUACAAGAUGAUUCUGCAUGACAUUCGCACCGCAGGCGGACGGCAGGAGUUCGAACCACCCCGUUUCACCCCUCACCCGAGCUUCACGGAUUCGCCACCUCCAGAGAUAUACUCGCCAUCCUCAGAGACAAAGAGUCCUGUUUCUGCCAAGGAGGUGAUGUUCGCCGAAUCGACUCCAACCUCGAAGCUUCGUGGGGACGCGCCCGAGUUUGUUCCUGGUAGACCAUAUGAGGGUAAAAACCAGAAGCCAAAGACUGAGCGGGGCUGGAUGAUUGUUUCUAGCACGUAA